UCCUUUCUUCUCUAUGCUCAAUCGCUCUUAUCUUCACCAGUUCCAGACCCAGAAUCCAUUGUUGAAGAAGUUCACAAGAGCAUUAAUGCGUCGGUUACAGGAAGAAGGAAGUUAGGUUAUCUCUCAUGUACGACCGGUAACCCAAUCGACGACUGUUGGCGAUGCGACCCACACUGGGAGAAAAACCGCCAACGCCUCGCCGACUGCGCCAUCGGGUGUAGACAUGGCUACUUCCAUGUGGUGAACAAUGACUAUACACAUUGGGAGAUGUAUGCGAUUGGAGGAAGUGCUAAUCCUACGAUCAAUAGUCAAGGGAACAGAUUUGUGGCACCGAAUAUUCGAUUCAGCAAGGAAGUGACUAAGCACGAGGAUGCUCCAGAGAGCGAGUGGAAGAGCUGGAACUGGAGAUCCUCUGGAGAUUUGUUGCUAAACGGUGCGUUUUUCACGCAUUCAGGUGGUGCUGCCUCCUCUAGCUAUGCCAAGGCUUCGAGCCUUGGGGCUCGACCGUCUUCUCUCGUUGGACCAUUGACGUUGGGUUCUGGUGCACUGAAUUGCCGUAAGGGUGCACGUUGCUGA